AUGUCGGGCAAGUCAUAUGCUGAUAAUAAUGUUCGUUUUGUUGUUGUUUAUUUAGCGGAUGCCAGCUUUGUGGAAAUCCAGAGUUCCCCGUCGGCUUUAGUGGGUUCCACGGUUAAUUUUACAGCUACACUUUACGAUGAAAAGGGUAAAAUUUCGCCAAAAGAUGAUUAUCGUUAUACAUGGAGGGACGAUGCCAAUCCCCAACAUAAAGGUCAAUUUGUAUCAACAUUCCCCACAAACACCUGGUCCAUAGAAUAUCCCAAAAAUAAAACACGCUAUGGCAAAUAUCAUGUAACCGUUGAAGUGGAAAAGAAAAUAUGGUUUUGGUAUACCUUAGCCACGGCAACGGUGGCUAUCGAAGUAACCGAUACAUUGGGUGGACAGCUGCAGUUGAUACAAGACGGAAGGGAACGGACCACACAAUAUGUUUCCACAAAGGGUUUGGUUAAUCACACCAUUGAUUUGCCCAUAGAAGAGCGGACAUAUCUGAUGGAGAAUGCAACCUAUAUACAGACAUAUUGGUUUCAGAAUUGCACCUAUCUUGGUGUGUCCGAUGGUCUACAUUAUCAGGCAGAAUAUAAAGAUCCUGAACAAUAUUAUGAUAUUGAAGCUUUGGUGGUGGUGUCAUUUGAAAAAUUACCCGAUCCAGUAACUACGACGACUACAACAACUACCACGACGACCACUACAACAACAACUACCACUACGACGACAACAACACCGAAACCUACAACACCCACCACCACAACGAGUACCACAACCACAACGAGUACACCCAAACCUGCAACUAAGACGAAAAGGGAUAUCUCCUCUGCAGAAGCUUCCAAAGAAAUUGCUCAAAUGGCCCAUGCUAAUGCAGCAUUGUUGGGUUUAAAUCUCACCGCCGCAUUGCAGCAAGAAAACAAAAAUCACAAUCCCCUGAAUGUGUCGGCUGCCUUGAUCAAUCCCAAAUUGAUGUCCAGUUCGAAUAGAAAAAUUCAAUACUACAAUCUUUUACCCAAGACGACAUAUGGCACCGAUGAAGAACCACCUUUCAAUUGUGUCAAUAAAUCCAUUGUUGCCAAGGAUCCAAUGAAGGUGUAUGGCUAUUAUCGUCGGCAAAUUAUAACGAAAUCACCCAUUAGCAACGUUUCGGUUAGUGGCCAAAAUUGGCUGCAACACGGUGACCUAUUGAAUUUGGAAAUAAAAUGUAAAGGAUCUUCGAAAGUUCAGUAUUGUGUGCUAGUUUUCGAUGCUCCCUAUAAUGCCACAGGAAAUGAAACAUGCAAAUUUUAUUAUGACGCUGAUAAUUGUGAAUUUAAAUUUUAUCGCUAUUAUGGCGAAAGUAAAACCCUGCUGUUCUUUAUAAAGAAUGAUGUUUCGGAAACUGUUAAUCAGUUUACAUUUAACCUCUACGAAGCCAAAAAACAAUCCCAAUUAUCGGUGGUCGUUGUACCUGUAUCCUUUACAUUAGUUGCUAUAAUUCUGGUAGUAUUUGGUGUUUCAUAUUAUUUACAGAGUCGAAAUCGCUUUAAUGUUGAAGUGGCCGAUUUUAAUUUCGGUGAAACACAAUCUGUCGAUAUGGAAUACAAGACAUUCCAACAGCGUCUAAUCGAUAGCAUACGUGAUGUGUUGCCAUCACGACGACGUUUCUCUAAUUCCAGUUCAGAUUUAGGACCAGAACCUGAUAGUCCUGGCGUGGGUAUUGAUAGUAAUUUGCGUUAUAAUACAAUGAAUUAAAAAUCAU